CUUAGAACAUCAAAGAUCAAAGUUUCCAUUUUUUUCGGAGAAGGCAGAGCGCUCGCAAUCUUCCGGUCACUUUUUUCACCAGAAUACUCGCCGUGUGAAACUGAAACCUCCUCAUACUGUGCUCCCAUUAAUCUAUAGAUUUUACAGAAUUCUUCCUAGCAGUUUUAAUUUGAGCUUUUCAGAACCCUAGCGAUGGUUUCUGAAUCCAAAUUAUUUGACUAGCACUGUUAAUUUGUGCUUUUCAGAACCCUAGCGAUGGUUUCUGAAUCUAAAUUAUUUGACAGAGAGAGUCAUGUGAAAUUCUUUGUGAUGAUGGUAGAUACUUUGCCAUAUCAUUACCAGCGUGAAGAUAUCCAUCGCCUCACGCUCGCUUACUUUGCAGUUUCAGGGCUUGCCAUUCUCAAUGCCCUAGAUCGGGUUGACAAGGAGAGAUUGGCAAAUUGGGUGUUAUCUUUGCAAGUGAUUCCUAGAGAGAAGCAGGCAUUGGAGCAUGGGCAUUUCUUCGGAUUCUGCGGUUCUAGCACUUUCAAGCUUCCAAUUGACACCACUGGGGUUUUGAAUCACAAUGGUAGUCACUUGGCUAGUACAUACUGCGCCCUGGCUAUACUCAAGAUGAUCGGCCAUGAAUUCUCAACUAUUGUCUGUGAGUUCAUUUCUACGACGAUGAAGUGCCUUCAGCAACCUGAUGGAAGCUUCAUGUCCAUUCGAACUGGGGCAGAGACAGAUCUCCGUUUUGUAUUCUGUGCUGCUGCUAUCAGUUCUAUGUUAAAUGAUUGGAGUGGAUUGAACAAGAUCAAGGCCAAGGACUACAUACUUAGUUGUCAGUCGUAUGAUGGUGGCUUUGGUUUGAUUCCUGGUGCAGAGUCUCAUGGUGGUGCGACUUAUUGUGCAAUUUCUGCUCUUCGAUUGAUGGGAUUCAUUGAUGAUAACUUUGUCUCACAAUGUACAUCAUCUGUCAUAGAUAUGCAACCGGUGCUAGAGUGGAGCUUGCAGAGACAAACAGCUGAUGGUGGAUUUCAAGGUAGACCCAACAAAGCAAGUGAUACAUGUUACGCAUUUUGGGUUGGCGGGGUUUUGAGGAUGUUGGGGGCCGACCACUUUGACAAGAAUUCUUUACGAGAGUUUCUGCUUACUUGUCAAUCCAAGUUUGGGGGUUUCAGUAAGCAUCCGUGGGACUUCCCAGAUCUCUAUCAUUCCUAUUAUGGUGUUUGUGCGUUCAGCUUGUUGCAAGAGCCUGGCCUUGUACCACUUUGUUUUGAACUGGGUAUGCCUGAGCCUUUUGGAAUCUAAGUUCGUGUUCAUCAAAAUUUUCUGGUAAGCAGAACUAUGCGGCUGCCAAAUGAUCUCUUACAACGAUGAACAUGAAGGUGUAAACCCGAUGAAUUAAAUUGAGAGAGAGAGAGGGGGAUGAUUGUUCUGUAGGGAGGUAUAACAUUAUAUUAUCAAAAUUUUCGUAAGGUAUAUGGAGAGCUAUUACUCCGUUGUACUGGCAAAAUUCUGAUUGAAGUUACAUUUUCUUGUCUUUCAUGCGUUUAUAUGCGGAGAACCGAUGGCCAUGCCCAUGCUGAAUGCUCAAAAUACUAGCCAACACAAUUCCGAAGUUCAUGUUCUUUCGGGCCUUAGAAGACUGAAAGGUCUGCAAAGGUUGCCUACGUUGCAAUAUUCUGAAGACGUUCAUAACGGACCAAAAUAGGCAGGGUAUCAUAAUGGAGCAAAUCAUUUUGGAUGCACUCAAAUUUGAAGUUUUUGGAUUUCAAGGGAAAUUGAGAAUUUCAGGAGAGAAAAGAUUGAGAAUUUGAGAUGGGUGCUGUGAAUUUAUGGAUAGCCUUAUAAAAUUUUCUCUCGUACCCAAAACUCACUGAAACUCAAAACCUGCUCAAAUUUUUUUGGCUUAAAAAGAAAAUUAGCUUGUAACAUUGAGCCCUCCGGUACAAAAUCCCUCUCGCAAUAGCCUUCGUGCAAAAAAUCCCUCACGGGGACUCUUUGACUUCCUCUCUUGAUUCUCUCUCUCCAUGGACCAUCAUGAAUCACGCACGCGGGGUAUUGAGUUGUUUCCUGACAAUAAUGGGUAUAUAAAGUCGGGGUAUUGAGUUGUUUCCUGACAAUAAUAAUGGGUAUAUAGAGUCAAGUACAAGAUAGAUGGAAUAAUAACGAGUAUUCAAUAAGGUCUAUUACUGGCUCUGAUGAUCCCCUGAACAUUGAUUAUUGUACAGUACACUUAGUUAUAUACAAACAAACACAGAACAGUGUUCCACAGGUACUGCACAAUAUGCUUUACAUCUGUCUUUACAAAAGAUGAGAUAGAGAAGGAAGGAAAAAACGGGGUAAGCACCAUUUCUU